AUGGAGCGCAGCGUCGAUGUGCUCAUAAUUGGUGCCGGCGUUGCUGGCCUUACCGCGGCCAUGCGACUGAAGCAGGCAAAUGUUAGUGACAUUCUGGUUCUUGAUGCAAGAGACAGAAUUGGUGGUCGUGUCGCCACUACCGUAUUUCGGGGCGUUGAGCUCUCCACCGGCCCUAUGUACGUCCAUGGGGACAUCAAUAAUCCAAUUUCCCGGUUAGUGAAACACUUGAAGUUACCGGUUCAUCCACCUGACUACUCUGGAUUCGGAAAGCGUUCCUUUGCCGCCCGACUUGCCUCUUCUGGUGAAAACGUUGCUUAUCAGUUUGCUGCUGUUGCUGCUAAACACCACGAAGCCCUGCAUAAGUUGUCCACUCUAAGUAUUCCUCCCACUGACCAAUCGGAAACGGCGGCUAUGACUGCGUGUGGCUGGAAUCCGGUUUCGCACUUAGAGCGAACAUUCGACGUCUUGCGUAACGACCUUUACAACGGACUUGCCUCUCAUUACGCAUCUGCGUACUCUGGAAAGGUCUGCUGUAUCUUUGAAGAUGAAGAGGACACUGAGUACGUUCUGUCUCACGGUGAUGGCUAUCAAUGCGUUAUUGAGCACCUAGCUAAAAAGGCUGACCUCUUCAAUGACACCAAUAAAUUAAGUCUUUCGACAAUAGUCGACACAGUUAUAUGGCGUGGUACGUCUCCCGACGACUUGAUUGAGGUGCAUGGUCGAGCAAAUGGUGUUCGAAUGCAAUGGAGAGCAAAGCAUGUUCUAGUGACGGUGCCACCAACUCUCUUGUUCCCCCUAAACUCGCCACUGAGCACCAACAUCGAUGCGCACAUCUCCUUCGAUCCACCAUUGCCGACUCAGAAGCAGGAAGCUCUUCGCUUGGUGAAGCUUUCAAAUUACUCUCGUGUGCUUGUGGCUUACCAGGAGUGUUUCUGGGAUCCAGUAGAUGUGAUUCUGCGAAUCGACGAUCUACAACCGGUCAGUGAGAAAUGCGGCUUCAUUGACUCGCAUCCUGCACGAAAGUUUUCAUAUUGGCAGAAUCUUAGUAAUUUUAUGUCGGGUUUCGAAGCUGGAGGUGUUUUAUGGACAGCUGUGUCUGGCUACUGGGCUGAGAUUUGUUCAAAAAUGUCCGCUGAUGAAUUGGCCGCCGAAGUAGGUUCUGCUCUGGCAUCAAUGUAUCCCGAGAAGGCUGACAUUGCAAUGAAGCCGUUGGAGGUAAAGUUUAUCAGUUGGAACGAGGAUGCGUUCGCGGGGGGAGCCUUCGCUACGGCGCUUGUGGGUUUUAACAAGACCCGGGAAACAGAGUUGUGCUCCAGUAUUUCUGCAGGAGCUGGGCAGGUGCACUUUGCCGGAGAUGGUUACAGGCUUGACUACUUGGGUACUGUCCAGGGUGCUUUCAUAAGUGCUACUGAAGCAGCAGAUAAGAUUUCUGGUUCUUUAUUGGCGUGCCCUUCGAUUGACCUUAUUGACUUCUAG